CAACAUCUCUUCAUGUGUCUGUCUUUGUUUUUGUCUUUUAUACUUUCAGUUUAAGGCUUUAACUUUAAGCUGAACUUUUGCUUUCGCUUCUGUCGAACGAGGUGGACCAAGGUCACUGAAAGCUUUUACAUUUAUUUGCUCUCAGCUUUCAACAAAGAAAAAAGGUUUGUUGUUGACAGAGACUCAAAAGCUUAAUCAACAUUAACUCAGAGAUGAACUCCAAGCUUACUGAGACGCAGCAGAAAGCAAUCUGCUCUCAGCUGGGAAAUUUCAAACUGAUUUUGCUCUACAAAGCCAGCAUCCAUGGUUUCACUGGAGCAGCUUUCCACCAACACUGUGACAACAAGUCAUCCACGGUGUCUGUGGGCUACAACAAAUCUGGACAUGUGUUUGGAGGCUACACCAGUCAACCGUUCAGUCAGUCUAGACAGUUUGUAAAUGAUAACCAGGCCUUUCUGUUCUCCUUCAGUGAAGAAAAGCUCAACACAUAUCCAGUCACUAAUGCUCCAUAUGCAGUGAAAAUGGACAUGAAUAGCGGUCCUAACUUUGGGAACACAUUGAUUCUUGUCUAUAAGAACCAAAAAAAAGUGUACAGCAAUCCUGGAAGUUUUGGAGGUCAUCUUCACAGUAAAUAUUACAACUUCACAGCUGAAAAGAUGCAUGGCAAUGACUUGGACCUGACUGAAUGUGAAGUUUACCAGGUGGAAGAAUCCUUCCAGUUUGAAAACCCAUGGAGGACAUUGAAUUGGAACUCUGAGCAAAAGAAGACGUUGAUGGAGAGAAUUGAAUCCUACAAACCCUCGAUCAGUUCCGUGUCUGAAGCACGGGUUUUACUUGUUGGACCAGUUGGAGCUGGAAAAUCCAGCUUCUUCAAUUCUUUCAAAUCUAUAUUUAAAGGUCAUAUCACCAGCCAGGCCACACCUGGAACCUCAUCUACCAGCGUGACAACACUGUUUCGCAGCUACUCCGUGACACCUGGACGUGAAGGCAAAUCUCUGCCCCUUGUCUUUUGUGACACCAUGGGACUCGAGGCAGAAGAGAAGGCGGGGCUUAAUAUUGCUGAGAUCAGUAACAUCAUUAAUGGUCACAUACCUGACCGUUAUCAGUUCAACUCCUCUGUUCCUCUGCAAUCAGAGGCUCAAGCUUUCCGCAAGAAUCCAGAACUCAAAGACAAGAUCCACUGUGUGGCUUAUGUCAUAGAUGCCAGCAAGAUCUCCAUCAUGUCCCAAAAUAUGGAAGAUAAACUGAAAGCUAUCCGCAAAACAGUCAACUCGUCAGGGAUCACUCAGCUGGUGUUGCUCACUAAAAUAGAUGAAGUCUGCCCUUUGGUGAAAGAAGACAUCACAAAUGUCUACAAGAGCAUAUAUAUCAAGGAAUUAAUGCAGGAGGCUUCCAUUCGUGUCGGUGUACCUUUGUUCUGCGUUGUUCCAGUGAAGAACUACAGUGAGGUGCUGAGACUGGACACGACCAUCGACAUCCUGCUGCUCAGUGCGGUCGAUCAGAUGCUUAACCUUGUGGAUGACUUCUUUGAUGAGCACAGAGAAUGAAUGAGCAGUGAUCCUCUUUAGGAUCCUCAAUCCUUAUGUCCUUCUUAUACAUUCAUGUACCUCUUUUUUGGGCUUCCUCUCUCUUUCAUGAAGUUAGGGUUAAAAGUAAAGGGGAAUUUUAGACCUUCAUUUUUAGGGGUGAUUACUUCUUCUCUUCUGCUUGAUUAAUGCAGACACCUUGUUAGUGGAGCUAGUUAUUAAAAUAAUUAUGCAUUUUGUACAAUCACCAAAUUUGGCAUGGAUGUACCUUAAACUUCCCUCUUUCAGAAAAGCAUGUUAACCAUGAGAAAAUUCAACAUUUUAACAUAUCUAAAAUAUAUGUAUAAUUUCUGUAUAGUUUCUGGAGUGUUAUGAAUCUUCUAUCAAUAUUUAGGUGCUCUAGUAGUGUUACGCCCUCUGCUAGAGAAACUGGGAAGUGUAACAUUUUUUUGUUUAUGAGGAUGUCUGGGAUGUCUCAGAUGGGUGUCAAUUUGCACAGUAAAAGUGAGGAGUUUGACACUUUAAGAAAUUCCUACAAGACUGUUAAAGUGGCGUUUAUAUAAAUACUUUGGGAGCAGUCCUAUUUUUUUAAAAACAGUUUUUAACAGGCUAAACAAUGGUAGAUAUGACAGGUUGAUCUUUCCACAUUACGCCUGUUUUAAGUUUAACCAUGAGUUGGAUUCUGGAUUGUUUUUUUAACCAUUUUUAGAUGUAUUGUAAUAUAUUGGUAAGAAAAUAGUUGUGGAAGUUAGUUAAUAUUAAGCCUCCAUAGCUUUUUGCAGAUUUUAAAGUUUUUUGACUAAUUCUUGCAGGUUUAUUGUUCCAUAAGAAACCUGAUAUGGAUGAGUCUAAUGUUUUGAACCACUUUAGUGGCUGCUGUGUGGGGAUCAUCAAGCAUAAUAUUUUAAUCCAGUCAAUGAAUGAUUCCCCAGACUUAUGGAGGUCAGCAUUGAGGAAUUUCCAGUUUACUCUAUCAAAAGCUUUGUCAUCAUCCAACGAUAGUAUGGUCAUUUCCUGGUUUUUAAUAGUGGCUUUGGCUAUUAUGUUAACAAGUCUGCGGACAUUGUCACUCGAGUGUCAGCCUUUGAUGAAGCAAGUUUGAUCAAGAUGGAUUAUGUGAGGAGUGAUUUUUUUUUUUCUUAUGUUCUCUGUGCUGGUGCUUUUCAAAUAAUUUUUACGUCUGCAUUGAUUAAAGAAAUGGGGCUUGUGGGAUUUUUUCUGGUUUUAGAAGAACAAUUAUCUUGGCUGAGUUCAUGUUAGGUGGUAGUGAUUGCCUUUCAUUAAUAAAUGGGACUAUUUUAUAAAA